CACGACUACUUCAUGAUGGUCAACGCAAUGCUGGAGUUCAGGGAGGCGGUCACUGAGCUCGGCGCGAUCAUCAACGACAAGCUAGUGAUUGUCGGCACCACCCUUUCCCUUGCGCAGGGCAUCGCGCCCAGGCGCGCCAAGCGCAAGGUGCACAUGCUGAGGCGCAUGCGGAAGAUCAGGCCCUUCGGCAAGGCCAUCACUGGCCACAAGGCGCAGUCUAUCGGCCGCGUCAUCCGUGCUGGCGCCUUGCCCGAGGCCACCUGCGGCAGUGAGGUCGUCGGGCUCAGCAACUCGGAGUCGCCGAG